UUUUUCGUAUGUAAAUGCAAUUCAAAUCGUUAUAUUAUCGAUCUAACAUGUUAACCAGGUAACCAGGUACUGGCGGUGAGCCUAUUUCCGACUACAAAUAUUUUGAAAUUCGCAUUGGAUGACUUUAGUCGCAUUUGAAAUCUUUGUCGGAACGUAUUUAUUUUAAGUAAAUUGUUUAACAGAACAAAAUAAAACCAUGUGUGAUUCAGCUUGUCAUUUAUAUUGUUUGCAUGACUCAUGCUACUGUCAUUCAAGUCUGCAUUCUUGCUGUAGUCAUUACAAAUACUACAGAUGUUAUUGUCGAUCAUCCUACCAUCGUUCAUGUUGCUGCUAUUUGUGGAGAAGAAAAUGUUAUUUACUUUAAAAGUCAUGAAUAAUUGAUUUAUUAAUUGAGAGACCACUGUUAUUGGAACUAACUUUAAGGCGUAAACUCUAUUUAUAAUAGCAUCAUUGUAUUCCUGUAAAGUAUUUAGUGUAAUAAAGUAUAUGCAAAUAAUUGAGUGUUCAAAAAUAUUGCAAACUAAUGAAUUAAUAAAUAUCGAUCACAAAUCCUAAAAAACUCCAAAUUUAGUGAAAAUAUGUCACAAUUUUAUGCCAAACUUAUUUAUUUUCUGCUAGAAUUAGUUAACAGUUUCCAUUCUCAAUUUAAGUACUCGUCUAUCUGAGAACAGAUAGCAAAAUAGAUUAAAUUCGAAUCCACAAAUUGUUUCUCACUAUGUAAUUUUUCUAUACAUACUGUACAUUGGAAAAUUUACUUUAACACACCCUGUGGCAACAUAUUUUUCAAUUACUUUCGCUGAGUACGCUGUUGUGUUUCAUUAAUAUGCUGUUGCUCCUCAGAAAAUAACAAUCCCUAAUCUAGUUUAUUAAUUAAGAGUGAAGUCUCCGUAGUAAUAAUUGUCAAUAUUGUUAAUAGAGUAAAUUGUACACGAAAAUUGUCUAUAAAUACUGGAGUAUUAUGGUUUCACUACAACUGAAACCGAAUUUUCUUGCCCCAGAUGUCGAUGAAGUAGGGUCAAAAAGGGACGAUUAUGUUACUACUAAUGAAACGGAAUCUUGUUUUGUAUUCAAUGCAAAUCAUAAUUUACCGAUAAUUGACCAACGAAAGCGACUUCCUAUUUAUAAAUACCGCAGAGAUAUUUUAUAUUGUUUGGAAAAAAAUCAGGUUUUGAUAUUAGUUGGCGAAACCGGUAGCGGAAAAAGCACUCAACUUCCACAGAUUCACAUUUCAACCAUAUUUGCUCGUGCACACAACUAUUGUGACAUGAACGUUCAUUCCCGGUGUUAAUUGGAGCAAUUCAAUAGAAACUAAAUUUCCUUAAAAGAAUUAUAAUAAGAGGAAAAAAUUUUAUAAAAUUUUACGCAUACAACUCAAGUUUUCACACAUACACACAACUACCAAACAAAAAUAUUUUAUUAAGAAAUGGUGGGUCCAAGCUCACAAGUGAGUAAAAUACUACUAUGCCUUCUCUUCGCUUUAUUGGCAUUUUAUAUAUUUAUGGACGUUCAGUUAUAUUUACGUAUACAAAGAUAUGCAAUCGAACGAAAUUACCACAUAAAUACAACAACUUUAUUAGCGAAUAAUGCAUUAGGCGGUGAAGGAACUACAGAUUAUACAAUGAUAAAAUCGAUCAGUUAUUAUGAGCACCAUCAUAUGUUAUCGUGUGACGUGAAUCCUUUGUGUCACGUGACGGUGAAAGCUUUACUUCUGGACCAUACGAAUCAUUAUCUAUUUGCACCGCUUGCUACUAUAUUUGACAAUAUCGUUGGGAUUUCCCGAAGCUCUUUCAUCACAGCAAAUAUGAUAUCGUUCUUCCACGUAGGAGUUGCAUGCAUUGCGGGUAAAAUGGUUUCAUCGGAUAAUUUGGGCUAUCGCCGUCUGGGUGUGGUACUCUUUCAACUGCGCACCUUCUUAGAUGACCUGGACGGUCAUGUGGCACGUGCUAAAAAGAAUAUACACGGAGAACGUUCUGAAGUUGGUACAUCCGGUUAUUAUAUUGAUGGGCUUUGUGAUGGUCUGGGUUGUAUUGCCUUACUUUUGGGUAUCUUCUUUUACCUGAAAAACAAUCCACCACGCCGUGGUUACUCUCAACUACCAAUGAGUGAAUCAAAACUACCGGAACCCGUUACGAGGCCUAAAGCAAAAUCAAUGACACCAAAGGUGGUCAAAAAAGUUAUAUGCUUCACAGGGCAACUGCUUGUUAGCUCAACUGCUUGGAAUCGCUAUAUCGCCGUAUACCAAGACAUGUUGGAGCGUAACGAUGUAACGCCAACACAAUUCAUACGACAGAAUAUAACCUUUAAAUCGGCGUGGUUUUUAUGUGUUGCAUGGAUGUGGCGAAUAGUUAAUGUGCAUUCCUUGCUGCAUCUAGUUUUGCUAAGUAUAUUUUGCGAUAAAUUGUGGGACUUCUUAAAGGCUAUACAAUAUGUCGGUUAUUUUGUACUGUUAAUUGUAAUUUGUAUCAGUGAAAUGCAUGUUUUAGAGGCUCAUAAUUUCAUUUUUAAUACUGUUUCUGGUAAUAAUACAUCGUUUUGAUCCAUUCCCUUUUUCUAAAUGUCGUGUUUGUACAAAAUGUGAAUUGUUAUUGAAUCGAAUAUAUUUUAUGUAAAAUUUAACACGAUAUAUAUUAAAAAAAAUACCUGCAAAAUAUGUAUACUAAAAUAAAGAACAAAUUGUGUUGAUUUUUAAUAAAACGCUAAAUAAUUUAUAUAUUUGUGUAAGCAAGCAUUUUACUUUUCAAGAGUGGUAGGUAUUGGUGGAUUCAAUCGAUAUUCUUAGAAAGAAAAGUAAAAACGAGGCUUUAGAUUUGCCGCUAAUUUAUCGCCCUACAAAGAUUUAAGAUAUUUAAAUAUAUAGAAAACAUCAAUAAAAAAUAUAUAUGUAUAUUACAUUAAGUAAGUACAUAUACAGUGUACAACAUAAGUGAAGGUACGGUUGGUUAAUUUCACUCUUUUUGAUAUUACUAAAAAAUAAAUAAUAAAUAAAAAUUACUGAAAAUAACGGUUUUUGUUUUUAUAAGAGAAAUAAAUAAUUAAAUAAAGUAAUGCUAACAAUUUAUCCGGGUUAUUUUCGUUAGUUUUUUAGUAAUAUUAUCAAAAGGAGUGAAAUUAACCAACCGUACCUUCACUUAUGCUGUACACGGUAUAUACAUAUGUGUAAGCAAGCAAUUUAGUUUUCAAGUGUGGUGGAAAGAGCUGAGUUCAAUCGAACUAAUAUAAAUAUACGAAAGACCUACAUUUAUUAAGAAUACCCAAAAUUAGAAAAAAAAAUACAGCAUUCAUAGAUAUUCUUAAGCGAAGGAAGCAAUUCCAAACCAAUAUCUUUUAGAAUUUAUAUAAAUUUGAGUCUCUGCAACGCCUUUAGAUAUUUAUUUAAAUAUAGACAAGUUAAUUAUAAUUAACUGUUAAUUUUUCAAAAUUUCA